AUGUCCCCAUUCGGAAAGCUCUACACCUACCCGGGUAACCCCCGCUCCACCGCUAUCCGCGCUGUGGCCAAGGCCAACAACGUCGAGCUCGAGAUCGUUGAGACGGAGCCUUCGAAGGGUGUCUCCGACGAGUACCUCAAGAUCAACAAGCUCGGAAAGGUUCCAACCUUUGUCGGAGCCGAUGGAUACACUCUCCACGAGUGCAUUGCCAUUGCCAUCUACAUCACUUCCCAGAACGAGAAGACUACCCUCCUUGGAAAGACCAAGCAAGACUAUGCUGCCAUCCUGAAGUGGAUGUCAUUCUUCAACUCCGAGGUUGUUACAUCUCUUGCUGGCUGGUUCCGUCCUCUCAUCGGUCGUGAUCCAUACAACAAGAAGUUGGUCGAUGAUUCAUCUAAGGCUACUCUCAAGGCCGUCUCAAUCGUCGAGGAGCACCUCCAAGAUAACACUUACCUUGCCGGUGAGCGUAUUACUCUUGCUGACCUCUUUGCCGCCGGUGUAAUCUCCCGUGGCUUCCAAUACUUCUUCGACAAGAAGUUCCGCUCCGAGAACCCAAACAUUACCCGUUGGUACGAGACCGUUUACAACCAGCCAAUCUACUCUGCCGUUGUUGAUGAGCUCUCCUUCAUCGAUGAAGCCAUCAAGAACCAAGCCCCCAAGAAGCCAGAGCAGGCGAAGAAGGAGACCGCUCCCAAGGCUGCCCCCAAGCCGAAGGCCAAAGACGUUGAAGAUGAUGAGGAGGAGGAGGCCCCCGCUGCACCAAAGCCCAAGCACCCUCUGGAGGCCCUCCCAAAGCCAACUCUGGUCCUCGACGAAUGGAAGCGUCAAUAUUCCAACAAUGACACCCCUGAGGCUCUCAAGUGGUUCUGGGAGAACUUCAAGGCCGACGAGUACUCGCUCUGGAAGCUCGAUUAUAAGUACAAUGAUGAGCUUACUCAAGUCUUCAUGAGCUCGAACCUGAUCGGCGGGUUUUUCGCACGUCUUGAGGGUUCCCGCAAGUACAUCUUCGGUUGUGCUUCCGUCUACGGUGUCAAGGACGACUCUAUCAUCAAGGGUGCCUUCGUCAUCCGUGGUCAAGACGCUCUCCCAGCUUUUGAUGUCGCCCCUGACUAUGAGAGUUACGAGUUCACCAAGCUUGACCCAAGCAAGGCUGAGGACAAGGAGUUUGUCAAUGAGCAAUGGACCUGGGAGAAGCCAAUCGUUGAGGGUGGCAAGGAGUACCCAUGGGCAGAUGGAAAAGUAUUCAAGUAA